GCAGGCAAUGCCUACUAAUGUUUGGAGACUUGAAACCCUUUCUGGGUUUAAAAUUUAUUUCCAGUAGAGUUUCAAGCACGAGGUAUGCUUGGUAAUUACAUGCAUUAUAAUACGCAGAACACGUCGAUACCUCAAGUUGAAUUGCUGUUGUGCCUUAAACCAAAGAUAUUUGAGAUUUCUUCGUCUCGGUCGGUCUUGCGCUCUUCUCUGUCAAUGAUCUUGUAGGAAUUGAAUAUGCGUAUGGCAAGGUGAUAUCUGAAAAAAUUCUUUCGACGACCAUCAGGAUUUCUUUGUCCAGUCUCUGGCCGCAUCCUGAUUAUAAUGUUGAAUUUGCUUUUUCGUCAAACUACGUCGGUGGUGGUGACUGCGGAUGACCAUGGACCAACUAUCGCCGUGGCUGCAUGGUUUUGCGUUGUGAUUGCGGUUUUAUCAACCUUGAUUCGUCUGAUAACACGACUGAUUAUAAGACGAAUGCUCUCUAUAGAUGAUUUCUUUGCCAUUAUUGCCAUGAUUUUCCACAUCGUUGAAUGCAUUACUGUUUCGAUUGGGGUUCAGCAUGGGUUGGGGAAGAAGCGAGAUCUCCUGACGACGGCACAGCUUCACAGCAUUGACAAAAGCAUCUAUGUCAGCGAUUUGUUUUACAUUCUAACCACAUCUUCUGCGAAGCUGUCGGUUCUGGAGCUUCUGCGAUACUUGGCUAUCGCGGAUAGCCACAGGAAUAUUGCGAGGUGGACGUCGUAUGCCGUUGGUAUUUGGACAGUGGCGAUAAUCUUUCCUUCACUGUUUCGAUGCAGUCCUCCUCAAGUUUGGAACCUACAGUCAGACAUAUGUAUUAACAUGGAAGCAUACUGGAUUGGUGUUACUCCGAUGGACAUCCUGAUCGAAGCGAUUAUGCUCAGCCUUCCAGUGAUCAUGAUGAUUGGAGUGCACAUCAAUCGGAGAAAGAAGCUUAUGGUUAUUGGAGCCUUCUCAUUCCGUAUCUUUACUGUUAUCGUUACCAUCGUACGUCUCUAUUAUAUCACAAGCUCUCACAGCAAUCCCGACCUCACUUUUGCUAUUGUCAAGAGCGAAAUUGUCACCCAAUGCGUCCUGGGCGUCAGUAUCAUAACUGCUUGUAUACCUUAUCUCAAGCCAUUCCUUGACACCUUCUCCUCCGGUAUGCUCAAUGCUGCAGUUCGGAAUCAUCAUUCCGCCCAUGGUACACAGAACGAAUUAUACGCACUAUCCAUCCGCAAGGGGCGAUCGAACGAGGAAGAGACCAAUCGACUGGGAUACUCGGCAUCUGCCUUUGCUGAAUCUCGUCCCCCCGUACAUCGUGGCUUAAACGUUGGUGAAUCCGACCAUCAAAUGAGCCAUCCACCACCCUCUGAUAACCGAAAGAUACUCGUGACGACUGAGUACAACAUAGACCAGACCUUGGAAUCAACAUCAAGUUGGCUUUCUAGUUGAUAUAGCCAGAGACAGUUUCUAAUCUGCUCUAUAUAUCAAUAGCGGACUUUGUGGGAACCGCUACCGGCAGGGAAACGGGUCUAGACGUCAAUAGGGUGUAGUUACGAUAAAAGAUACAGUUAUUUUUCUGUUACAAAAAAUGUCACUAUC